CAGUUCAGUUCGUUUAUGGUGCGCUUACAAAACGCCGGUUGGCCGUAACGGCCGCGCAAGAAAACGUGGCCGGAUACGGAUGCGGGUCUACUUUGCCGCUUUCAACGCUCGUUGCUCGUCGCUCGUUGCUCGACAAAGAAAAUGCAUCGCCCCAAAAAAAAAACAUGCCAAAAAAAAAUGUUAUAAAGAAAUGAAAAGCCACUGAAGCUGCUGCUCCAGUUUUCUUUUCGAUAAACUGCACUUGCGUGCGAAUAUUUCUGCCAACAAUAAACGCAAGUCGAGGGCGAGCAUGCGGGCGAAGGAGGAGAUGAAGAUGGCAAAGUCGUGUCAGAUCAAGACCCCAGCGAACUUUGGCAAUUUGGCGGCAUUAUAUUUGGAUUAAGCAGCGCCAAAUUGCAACAGACGAACGAACAACGACGAAACAACUACGAUUAACGAUUUAAUUUAAGCUAUUUACAUAGUCGUACAAACACGUAUUGGGCAGAUUAACGCCACUAAACUGAAGGCAGUUCCACAUUGUUUAUAAUUUUAGAGUUAUUGCCAGACAAUAAGAACGAGAACAGACAAAGCAUAAUCAAAAGAAGAAGUGUAGCUAAAAUCUGCUUUAAAGCCACUUGUUAAGUCGAUAAGCAGCCUAGAGACACUGUAGACAAACAGAGAAAGAGAACGAGAACGAACGCAUAGAAAAUCGGUCAGCAACGAAAUUUUAAAAUAUUUUUUAUCAACAAUAAUUUAAAAGUUUUCGAAGACAAGCAAAGCACAGACCGAGAGAGAGUGAGACCUCAAGAGGAGAGUGAGUAAGAGCUAAUAGGAAAAACAAGUGAGCAAACAAGUAACAGCUAAAGCCAAAGCAAAGCACAAGCUGUGGAGGAGGCUCAACUCAACUUGGAAGACCAAGCCAACAAACAACACGUACAACAAAUUUCCAAAGCAACAACCAACAAACAGAAACAACAACAACUACAACAACAUAAUGGCUGGCGUACAACGUAAACUUGUGCACAAGCAAUUCAAUUCACCCAUGGGCCUGUACUCCCAGGAGAACGUAAAGGCCACGCUGAAUCGAGAGCUGAAGGCCUUUGGGGCCGACGGGAUCGAAAUCGACGAACAAAUCACAAAACCAUUGAACUUGGCCAACUCGGCUGUUCUGCGUGCCGUUGAGGAGGAGGAACAACAAGUCAAAUGCGGCGACUUUCAGCCACUGUCCAGGCAAAGUCGCAGCCGUCGUAGGGGUGAUGCAGUGGAACAAUCGCCACAUCAUGCACUGCAUCAGAAUCUGCUGGAUCAGAUCAAGACACAGUAUCUGAGUCAUCAGCACGAUGUGACCAUCGAUCGGGACACUGUGCUGCGCAUCAAUCGCAUGUCCACGCGACGUCAUCUGCACAAGCGCGAUCACAGCUGGCCGCCAGUGGAGCCAGAGUCGCCGUUGGAGCACGGAUCAGAGCUGGCUAUAAUUCAGGGCAGCAUAACGCCAUCGCCAACGCACAGCAUUGAAGCGUUGCGCGAGAAGUUCAACAGUCCCACUAGGAUUGUGGAGCUGUCGCCGCGAGAGGUGAGAAACCAGCGACAGCAGCUGGAGGGAAAAAUCAGCAAGAGCAGCAGCAACUUAAUCAAGCCUAAGAGUGAAACCUCUUUGCUGGACCAGGAGCAGCCUCAAACAGCGCAAUUGAAAGGUUUCUCUGCACCCGAAACCAAGGCAGCGGAUGCAGACAUUGGUUUGGUGGCACCCAAAUGCGAAUACUACGAGCAGCUGACCCAACAGCGUCCCAGCACGCCCAGCACCUUGAAGCCCAACACAGCACCGUAUCGUCCCAGGCUGAAGCGUCAAUCGUAUUCGCUGGAUCGGGGAAGAGCACGGAAACGAGCUGUUGCCUUGAGCGGAGCAGCAGCCACAGAGCUGCCACCGCCGAAGCCACGCAAUGGAGGAGGAGGAGGAGCAACAGCCAGCGCUCCCAGCACUCCGCGUGUGCAGCGACGCAGCAUCAAACUAGCCACCGAGUUGCGCAUCUGCUACGACGGCGACAGCGAGGAGGAGCAACAGCCCAAGGCCACUGCCAGCUAUGACAUCGAUUUGGAGACAUUGCCGCUGCCAGCGUUGCCAUCAACAAGCCGCGGAAAAGCAGCCACAGCUGCAACAGCAACAGCAACCAGCUUGCCAAGAAAGGUCUCUGCGGUAAUUGACAGCCUGGCACUUAAGCAGCAGCAGCAGCUGGCCCUCGCACUGGCCACCGCAAGUGCUCCACGGCAGGUCAGCGAUGUUGGGCAUCGCAUACCAGUUGCAGUUGCAGUCAGCGCUGAGCCAGCGACGGCGGCAGCUCAUUCCGGGCAACUCGAGGCGCGAGUGCAGCAAAUGUACGACGACGCCUGCAGCUAUUUGCAGCAGGAUCAGCAUCAGCAGGAUAUAACAAGCAACAUGACGCCAUCGCCAGCUAACCAGGAUGAGACACCAGCCACCUAUGUGAGCGCCACGAGCGGCAUCAAGCUACAGCGCCAAGAGAGCAUAAGAAAGCCAGCGGCAAUUCCCACGCCACCGCCUUUGCCACCGCCUCCAAUGCGUGCCAAGCGCAGCGAGGAACAGAAGGCACGUCGUCAGGGCGUUGUCUACAGCGACAGCUCAACUCAGGCCCAGCAGCAUGAGGCACAUCUGGAGAUUGCCCAGCUGGAGGCCAAGUAUGCGCACAUACAGCAGUCCAUCACUGAGCAUCUGCGUCAGAUUGAUGCGUACAUGGAGAAUGCCAAGACUGCGCUGCAGCGCAGUGUUCAAGCCACGCCUACACCCAGCACACCGCCCCCAGAGAGACCCAAGACACCCAUUCAACCGCUAUCCGAACCCUGGGAUAUGUUCGCCUCACGUCAAUCGCCAAUACUCGCCACGGAGAAUCCUUUGCAGGCCAUACUCAGGCAAAUCUAUUGCCGGGCCGCGGGCAUUCAACUGCAGCCGCCCAAGGAGCAGGAGCCCAUCGAGACAGUCGAGACGGUGGCACUGCCCGAGGAGAACGUGCCGAUUGUGGAGCGUGCUCUCGAGGACCUGCACAAGAUUGCCUUGGCACUGGACAGCGAUGAGCAGGCGUUGCACGUACUGCAAGUGGAGCACAAGACAACGCCCACAGCGGUCCAAGCAGAGCACGUAAUCAUUGUGGAGGACGAGCAAGAGCCAGAAGAGGAGGACGAGGAGGAUGCGGCAGACAAGGAUUGCAGCUUGGACUACAGACAUGUGUCCGACGUAAUUGCCAACUAUGAACAGCUGUCGGCGGCGAGUGAAAUUGCCACGAAACAACAUGAAACACAGCUGUCGACGGGCAAGGAAAGAACUGUUAAGGAUGAGGCCAGAAAUCAAUUUAGGAAAUUAGCUGAAGCGGUGGAGGUGCAGGCUAGAAAGGAGCGGGAGGCCAAGGAAUGGGUGCAGAAGAAAAUGGUGCGAAAGCAGCAGUGGGAAGAGAAGGUGAAGGAGCUCAAGGAGAAAGAGGAGGAGGAAAAAGAGCAACAGUUAAAGAGGGAAAAAGAGCUGAGGGAGCAGGAGCUACAGGAACGGAAAGAAAAGGAACAGAAAGAGCAAGCGAAGAAGGAGAAAGAGCUGAAGGAGCAAGAGCAGCGGGCAAUAGAACAGCUGGAAAAGAAGGAGCAGCAGCUGAAAGAGAAAGAGCUAAAGCAACAGGAGCUAAAGAAGCUAGUGGAGUUGAUGGAGAGACAGCUGAAGGAGCAGCAACAAAAGGAAGAGCAGGUGAAAGCGCAGCAACUAAAAGAGGAGCAGCAGGUGAAGGAACAGCAGCUAAGGGAACAACAGUUGAAGGAAAAAGAAGUGAGGGAGCAACAACUGAAGGUGCAGCAAUUGAAACAAGAAGAGUUGAAGGAACAACAGCUAAAGGAGCAGAAACUGAAGGAGGAACAACAGUUAAGAGAGCAACAGACCAAGGAAAAGGAACCACAGCAGGAUGCAGUAGAGACUUCCAGCUGCUCACAUGAGACAACAUCAAUUCACGACGUGUCCAAUGGCACUUGGUGCUCUGUAUGUAACGAGUGCCGCGACUCGCCGCAUGGUUGGGGCAAGUUAACGAAAGCAGAUCAGUGGCGCUUCGAUAAUCUGCAAAACGAAUCGCUUCCCAACUACAAAUCGACCUAUGAGGUACGCAGUCCUUAUGUGUCCCGUCAAAUAUCCUGGGAGGAAACACAGCAAGCACAGCCAGAGCAACAGCCAGAACAGCAACCAAAGCAGCAAUUGCAACGUCAGCGAAGCGAGAUUGAAAUUAUUACCACGCCAGCGGCAAUCACAGCCAGCUUAGCUCCCGACACCAGAGAGUGGCAGCUGAGUCGCUCGCCAAGUCCUUCGCCACUGCGCAAAUAUCCUGCGCCUUUGAUUGACACCGCGCAACGUUGCAGCUCGCCCUUUGGCCUCAAUCCAGUUCAAAGCAGAGCUCUUACUCCGACUCCAACUCCGAUUCCUCUAGAAGCCAAGUACACGCAUGUGCCGCAGUUGGAGGGACACAAUAUUGGUCUGCUAGUGCGCACAGCCACCGAACCGCUUCAACUAAGCAUGUCCGCCUCAUCUUCCAUGCUGGCAGCAACACCUCCUGCCACGCCCCGCUGCACUUCGCAACCACCGCCCUUUGAGUUCCUCAUGCAACACGGUCUCGGGCCGCAAAACGACUUCAAAUCGAUUGCAGCCGAUCACAGCGAGGAGCAGACGCAAUCCACACGCGAUUUCAGCAUCAAUCGAUCCUUCGACAAUGUUUCGCCUCGUCCUUAUAUUGGCAUUGAAGGUUACAAACGCGUCGCUUGGCCACCAGCCUCUGAGGAGCGCAUUGUGCGUGAGUUCACGCCUCAGCCUCAGCAGAGUCCGGCGCCAGGCAGCGGUGGCUAUUAUCAGCAACAACAUCAGCAACAACAUCAGCAGCAACCAACAGCAGCAGCAGCAGCGGCGCCGUCCGCUAGCAGCCUCAAUGCUGCACCAGCUCAGGGUCCCAUUUAUAACAACGUAACCCAGCAACAACAGCCACAACAAUACCAGCAACCACAACAACAACAACAAUACUACCAGCAACCACAACAACCUGCACAAAAUGUUUAUGGUCCCAACACUAACUAUGCAUCAAAUGGUUAUGCGCCAGCAGCAGCAACUGUUGCUGCUCCACAAGAUCCUAAUAACUAUCCACAACAACCCAUCCAAUACACACAGGCACAGUUCAAUAGACAACCAUCGAGGGAGCCAGUUGCUGACAACUAUGCGCCGUACGCACAGCCACAGCAGCAACAGCAGCAGCAGCAACCACCCCAGCAACAGCAGCAACACUAUCAGCCAACUUAUCCCCAGCAACAGCAGCAACAACAACCUCCACUUGCCGUAGACAAUGUGGGCGGUGGCUGGAAGCACAUUGGUGCACCUCAGCCCAAGUCUCACCAGGAGUUCACAGCUGGUGGUGUUGCGCCAACAUCUGCUUAUCCCUCGUAUCAGCAGCAGCAACAACAGCCUCAGCAGCAGCAGCAGCAACAAUAUCAAUAUCAACCUCAGCAGCAAUAUCAAGCGCCGUCCAGCGAUAACUACCAGCAACAGCAGCCGCAACAGCAGCAGCCACAGCAGCCAGCUCCACAGCACUGGCAGCAGCAACAACAUCAGCAGCAGCAACCACCACAACAGUCGCAAUAUCAGGCUCCAUAUCAGACGUCUCCUUAUCAACAGCAGCAGCCACAGCCACAACAAAACUAUGCACAACAAAAUGGUGGUGCUAACUAUGCUCAACCACAAUACAAUUCUUAUUCGCAGCCUCAGCAACUGCAGCCUCAACUGCAGCAGCAGCAGCAACAAUUGCCCUACUCGCAAGAUCAGACCGAUCAGCAACAGAGCUACCGUGGCGCCAGUCCUGGCAUCAUAACGCUGCGUAAGGAGGCUCCCGUCUCACAGAAGCCUGCGCCAGUCUACACUUCGCAGCCUGCCGCCGUCAGCUAUCAGGGAGGCGGCAAAUUGCGCGGAGAUUUGAAAUGGCCACCACCGGAGUACAAGGAGGCCGCUGUGCGCGAGAACGAGGAACGUCGCCUCUUGGCGUUGGGCCCCGUCUGCCGUCCCCGUAGAGUCAAUCGUGACUACACUACCUUCUUUGCCAAGAACCAACUGAACUGCACCUAUCCCAGCUACAAGGUGCCACCAGGCACUCAGCACAUGUUUGCCUAAGUUCGUAAGAAGGCAGAAACUUAGAAAACAAAAAUGAUAAACAAACAAAUUAUUAUCAAAACAAUCAAUGGAACCCACUUCAUAUAAUACUAAAAAACGAUCAUGUAAAUGUUACUAAAACGAAAACUAACGAAACUAUAUACUAUACAAAACUAUAUAUGUAUAUUGUUAUACUAAUUUUAAACGCUACUAACAAAGCAACUAUAUAUACGUAUCUAUCUAUCUAUCUAUCUAUCUUAUCUUAUCUAUCUAUCAUUAUUUAUAUAAUUAUGCCAAAACGAAACGAAUAUCAGGGUACGAAGUAUCCCCCAUACUUCUGUUAUCCGAUUGAAGGUCAUAUAUCUGCAUAAGAUGUAUGAUAAUGGUAAAGAGAAAAGAUUAUAGUUUAUUCUAUAUGCUACAUACGAAAUAUAUUGGAGCAUAUGCAUAAAGAAAGAUGAAAAAAAAAAAUAAACAAAAGAAA